UUUGAGCCCGACCGGAGCGGAGGAACAGGCACGCAACUCUUCAGACGGCUGCUAUUUUUAAGCUGUGCGAAAUACCAAAGUCUCUGUGUCCAAGAUGAAGAUUUCUUGACUCAAGCGAACAGGCACACAUGUGGAUUUUCGGUUGCUUCGCCCAUAUGGUUCGAGACAAGGAGGCUCGGAUAGCCUGGAAAAUUAAGUUAUGAUUUCAUGAAAUUCCACCACUGAACCAAACAGGCAAAGCGUCUACUCGGGACGAGCCCUGUAGGAACCGUACGCCUUCCCCUUUGUGUUCCGUUUUCAUGGGCACCAAGAAGUGUGGCUCGAAAAGAAAAGCGGACGGAAGCAGGAUGAGCUGCAGCGGAGAAGAAGACAGUGACUCCAGCGGUACCAAGAAGAUGCUGAAGUGUGUCGUGGUCGGUGACGGUGCCGUUGGCAAGACUUGUUUGCUCAUGAGUUAUGCCAACGAUGCUUUCCCGGAAGAGUACGUGCCCACUGUGUUCGACCACUAUGCAGUAACUGUGACAGUAGGAGGGAAACAAUACUUGCUUGGACUUUACGAUACUGCUGGGCAGGAGGACUACAAUCAGCUCCGACCCCUCUCCUACUCCAACACAGAUGUGUUUUUGAUCUGUUUCUCUGUUGUGAACCCCGCCUCGUACCACAACGUCCAGGAAGAAUGGGUGCCGGAACUGAAAGGGUGCAUGCCUCAUGUGCCUUACGUCCUUAUAGGAACACAGAUUGACCUUCGAGACGACCCCAAAACCCUGACCCGGUUGCUCUACAUGAAGGAGAAGCCCCUGACUUAUGAGCAUGGCAUCAAGCUGGCAAAAGAGAUUGGGGCUCAGUGCUACCUGGAGUGUUCCGCACUGACCCAGAAGGGCCUGAAGGCCGUCUUUGAUGAAGCGAUCCUCAUGAUCUUCAACCCCAAGAAAAAGAAGCCCCACUGUGCCAAAUGCUGCAGCUCCUGCAAGGUCUUAUGAUGCUACCCGGAACUC